CUCACUCACAUGAGUGCCCACUUACUGAGUGCUACUAGCCCAGUGCCCACUCCAUUAGUCUUUAGCAAUUUCCUAAUGUUUUACCUGCCCAUUCCUGCUUGGCAUCUCUACCAUUCCCUGCUGAAGGUAUGAGGGGCUCUGCUGCCUGUAACCCCCACACCCCCUGCUAGCCCCCCCAAGUGCCUUGUUGCCCAGGAUACAGCCAUGUCUGGAUCUUCCAAGCAGCCACAUGCCAAAGGCAAGACCCUCAUCAUAGAGGACGACUGUGAAGCAGAAGCCCUGGAUGAAGCCAACCCAUUCUCCUUUAAGGAGUUUGUCAAGAGCCAGACCUUUCCAGGAUUCGUUUCCAGUAAUAGUAAAAGGGCUUUCUCUAAGGACUCUAACCAAUCCACAACACAGUUUCGUGGACCCAGCGAAUGCCCAGAUGGGAAUCUGGAAUUCCAAGAGACGUACUUCAGAGACCCGACGCUGUAUGAUGACUUACAGGAGGAUGAGGAUGACGACUGGAGUGGCAGUUACCACCCUUCUGUUAUAGAAAACACUCACGGUCCCAAAGUUCCCUCUCCCGCUGGCACUGAUGGGGAUGAGUCUUAUGGAUACGGUGCCAGCGACAUGUCUGGCGAUGGAUUAAUCACAGGUUGGCAACAGGCUGUCCUUCCGUCUCCCCCUGCCGGCUUGCAUGGGAAAACCCAACAUCGCCCUGACAGCACCAGUGACUCCGAGGAGGGUUUGCGACUGCUACAGAUAAACUGUGAAGAGCUACAAGAGGAGAAUCUCCAUCUAAAGAGCAAGAUCUGUAAACUGAAGGAACUGAACGACAGCCAGAAUGAAAAGGUUAGACAACUGGAAAGAAAACUGGAAGAGAGAAUCCUGGAAGAGCAGAAAGAAGCCCAGGAUUUGGAAUCCAUGGUGCAGCAGGUAGAGAAGAACCUGCAGAUGAUGACUAAAAGAGCUGCAAAAGCCGAGGGCAAUGUGACAAAAUUAAAGCAAGAAAUGGCACUUCUGCAGAUCGAGCUGACCACCUACAAAGCAGAGAAUGAGGCUCUGAGAAGGGGGGAGACGGCCGGUAUGAACGCUGUAAAACAGAAUUCAAAUCUGGCGCUGGAAAACCUCCAAAAAGUGGUCAGCGGUGCCCAGUCUUCCAUAAAGCAGCUGGUAGCUGGCGCAGAAGCACUGACCCUUGUUGCCGAGCUCCUUCGCUCCAUAGAUAAAAUUGCAGAAAUUCACAACGACGGUGUGCCCUGAGGCCGUGGGACAUCUCUUCCACAGCAGUUGGACCCAUAAGAUGCCACUCCUUCUGGUGCCAUGGGCACGGAGUUACUGCCCCAACAUACAGAGAUUUUAUUCCUUGCUGUUUUUAUACAUGGAUUUAUAUAGCCCUUCAGUAUUAGACAUUGCUGCCUUCAGCUCCCAUACAGCUUCCCUAUGGCUCAAAGGCCCUUGUUGCCCGUGGCUAGCCAGUCCCUUGUUAUAGGAGACCUCUCGCAAUGCAGUCGCUUUGGGGGAACUUUAGGUGAAUAAAGCACUUUUUUUUAAAUAAACUUUAUACACAAAUAUAUCUAUAUUCUUAUAUUUAACCAGCGGACCUUUUGUUUGUACCUGCACAGUAGCAUGCCCAUAUUUUGUUGACACUGUUCAUCUUGGGGCACAUCCUAUUUGCCAUACUCCAUGUUCCCAUUACUCUUUAUUACACUAAUUAAUAUAGAAUAUUUUAUGUUGCUAAAUAUUAUUGUAUUUUUGUCAAGUACAUUUCAGCUGGAAUGUUUUAUCCUGAUGUGUUUAGGGAGCAACUGCUCUCUGGUUGCUGGGCUCGUUGGUCAUAGCAACCAAGCAGGACCUAAAUGGACAUAUGUUGACAGCCAGGGUCACAGUCCCUAGCAACAAGCUGACAUUUGAAGAGUGACUGAAUAGAAAGGCCAAGCAAUCAACUCACUGCUGGGAUCAACUCCACCUACAACAUCCUGAAAUGAACACUAUUUUGUAGUCAGGAAACACUGUAACAUUUCCAUUUAUUGAUAGGCAAUAGCAAUGGCUCCCGUCCUGCGGCUCAGGGACGGAAAGCGGCCUCCCCUAGGCAAUGGACUAUUUUAAAUAAAAUAAUAUAUUUUCUCAAACGAA